AUGCCGCUUCUUCUCAAGGCCCUGCUGCCCCCGCUGUCCGCCGCGCUCGCGCUGCAGGCGGCGGUUGCGGUGCCGUCCAUUGCGGCUCACUCGGAUCGCGUGUACGACCUCAGCGGUGCGGCAACGUACCUCGCCGUUGGCGCGCUGAGCCUGUAUCUGCCCUCAGUCCGCGCCGCGGGUGCGCCUGUUCUGUCGGGUUUGGUGGUGGUGCUGCCGGGACGGGGGCCGUCGCUUGCGGGAUGGCUGGAUUGGAGACAGAUUGCGUUGACGGGAGCUGUGGGAGUUUGGGCCGUGAGAUUGGGAUCCUACCUCUUCUACCGCAACGUCGUCCACGGCGCCGACUCGCGCUUCUCCGAGAUCAAGCACUCCCCGCUGCGAUUCUCCACGGCCUUCUUCUUCCAGGCCCUGUGGGUGACCAUCUGCCUGACACCCGUGCUGCUCGUCAACGCCGUCCCGCGUGCCGCGCUGGCCACGGGCAUCAUGGUCACGGAUGUGCUGGGGCUGGGGCUCUGGGUCGGCGGCUUCGCGUGCGAGGUCGUGGCGGAUGCGCAGAAGAGCCGCUGGGUGCGCGAGAAGCGAGACAAGGUGCAUGAUGAGGAGUUUAUGACGCGAGGGUUGUUUAGCUGCAGUCGCUACCCCAACUACUUUGGCGAAAUGACGCUCUGGACCGGUCUUGCGACGGCGGCCAUGGGCGUUCUCGCUCGAAAGCCUGCUCAGCUGGCCCUGGGGCUCUCUGGCGGGUAUGCAGGCGUAUUGGCAACGACGGCGCUGUCUUUCGCCAGCCCGGCAUUUGCAUCGCUGCUGCUGCUCAAGGUGUCCGGAGUGCCGCUGAGCGAGGCCAAGUACGACAAGCGGUAUGGCGACCGUGAGGAUUAUCAGGAGUGGAAGAAGAAUACACCCAAAGUGAUUCCUCGGCUCUGGUAG